AUGACGGUCGAGACGUGGCGGUUUUGCGUUCUGCUCCUGAGUUUUCUCGGAGACAUAGGUGUAAAAGUUUCGUUGGCUCAGUUUAAUUCUUAUCCUCGCUACGGAGAGUCUCCCUCUCCUUCAGACAAUUCUCUCUCUUCUGGACGUGUGGAUAAUGGAGGCAAUAACUUCGGUUCUGGCUACAGCGCUGGCAAUGGUGGAACCGGGAACCGGUUCUCAGCAGGAUCUGUGCCUGGUUUUCAAACCGGGUACGGAAGCGGAUAUAAUGGAGUCGGAAACACUGGUGGAUAUGGUUUCGGGUACGGGAAGGGACACGGAGCAGGUUCCAGCGUCGGAUUUAGAACCGGUUACAGUAGCAGAUAUGGAAGAGGGAAUGGCUUUGGCAAUGGUCUCUUUUUUAACUUUUUCGGGAAAAGCGAUUUCUCUGAUCAAGACGAAGAAAAAGAUCGACGUCCAAUGCUAGCCGGUAGAAAGGUUAUGUCCUCCCCGGCUCACUACGGGCACUCUUCACCAGAGUUGCAUGGCUUAGCCGCUACAGCCAAAAAGGCAGCCCAAAACUGCCUGGACAUGGCUCAAGUUUCCCAACGGCCAUUCAAGUCGGACCGACCACCUGCCAUUGACCAACGGGGCAUACACGCCAGCGAAAUGAUGUCAGGGCGCUCGCCAUCAUCCCUAUGGGAUGUGUUCAGUUCCCAGUCGUCCAGGUCAAGGCUGCCAGAAGGUGUCCUAGAUGACGUAGAGCUGUGGAGGAAUGUGCCCAAGUCACUGCACAUAGCGCGCCUCAAGGGAUUCCGGGAGCUCAAGCAGUUGGCUGGACGGGGCAUAGCGCUUUGCGAAGUUGGUGAAGGAAACAGUCGCUCUGUAUGCAAAGGCAGGAUUCCAGUUUGCAUCGGUUUGGCUUACAGUAAGACAGAAGAGGAGCUGGGCUUUCUUGAGCUACCAGACACCGACUCUCGUCCUUCUCCGACGGGGCCCCAUCCGCCCUCACCACCACACCCACCACCGCCGCGUAGGAACAACACCAGUGACCCCAACAACUCAGGCCGACCUUACUACGACCUAGACGAACGUCUUUAUUACGACGAGAGGACGGGCAAAUUCAUGGACACCUACAGCCCGCCCCCACCACCCCCUCCCGUCGACUAUGACCCCUACAAGAACGACGCCUCCCGCGAGCCGGACAAUGAAAGAAGCCCUCGCUAUCAGCCUGAACAGAGCAGAUUGCCCGAUGAUCACCCCGACCUAGAGGCCAUUGUGAGAGAGCGCCUGGACUACAGACUUCCCGAGCACUUUCCUCCAGUGCUUGAACGACCAGCCAACGUUCCACCAGAGACGUACAAAGUAGACUAAUCAAGUAGCCUGGGAAUGUCUUGAAUAAUGUAUUAUAAAAAUUUAAUAAGCAA